UUUUAUUCCCACUUUCAACAUACCUUACAUCCGACGACGACGACGACGACGAGCACGACAUCCAUCACCAGAUCCAGCGCCUGCACCUGGCAACGGCAGCGUGCUUUCCAUCAAUCAUUUUUCAUCAUUUUCGUCGUGACCGACGUCCAAAUCUGGUAUACCGUGACCCCACUUGUCUGUCAAUCUGCGACAGAAGACUGUCACCGAAUUUACAACGGAAUCCCAUUCUUUCCGAAGUCGGGGCCUUGAUCCGAUCCCGUCGCUCUUUGUUUGCUACUAUCGAAAAGAGGAGAAAGCAGGGCCUGGCGAAAGGGACAUCGCAUCCUCCCUCCUCAUCAUAUACUCCGACCCCCAACCCCAAAGGAAGCGAGGGCAACCAACCGGCCACACUCCCCUUCAUCAAUCCAGCCCACCAUCAUCAUCACUGCCCGAAUAUGCUUUGUUAGGCAACAGCAAGGCGUCAAACCCAGUGAAGCGCGAUCCAUCUCUGUCCUGGUCAAUAAACAGGCAUCAUCCCAACCAAAGGCCUCCUUCCUACCUCGAGGAGACUGACCAGUGUUGCCCAUCAUGUCACAAUAUCAGUAUGGCCAACACAGCCAGUAUGAGCCCUACUACAACGGCCAGUCCGGCCAGGGUACACAAUCUCCUGGAUUGCUCGACUCUCCGUCCAUUCACAUGCCCGGCACCGUGACUACCAUGGCGCCUGGUUGCCACGGAUAUGGAGGCACCGUCUCCACCACUGCUGCGACCACCGGUCAAGCUCCCCGUGCGGGCUUUGCCGUAGACCAACAAUUCCAGGAAGCUCACGAUGCGUCCACUCAAGGGAACGAACGCUUUACUAUCUUGAACCACUUUUUGCACGAUCGCAACGUUGCCUGGACCCCCAUGAAAGUUGUUGGGUCGCUGGGCGACAGUCAAAUAUCCAGCCUCCCGAUAAACUCUGGAUACUCCGAAUAUCCCAGAUAUCGUGAUAACCAUGCGCCAUCCGAGUGUGAUACUGCCGUUGACCGCGCUGGAGUUUUCUCCGACUCGGGAUAUGGGAGUAUAGCCAGGCAGAGUGUGGGAAACCCUUCCGUAUGCGGGGACGUGGACCGUGGCGGCGAUAUUCAAAUCAUGCUUCAGAUGUCCCAAUUCCAGCUCCAGCAGGAUUCAAACCCCCAAGCUACAGUUAUUCCCAAGGACACUCUUAUGCAAGACUUGGGAAGCGAUGACUGGGGCCAUCGAAACACGACCACUUGUCUCGAGCGCAAAAGUUUGUUUUGCGAGUAUUGUAGGGAACAUGUCAAGACCAAGUCGGAGCUAAAUAAACAUAAACAGAAACAUACAAAGCCACAUCACUGCCUGGAACCUGGCUGCACACGUGACAAAGGCUUCAGCACCAAGAACGACCUGCAGAGACAUUUGGCAUCCGUUCACAAAAAGUAUAACGUCGUAUAUCACUGUUGUCAUGGCACUUGCCCGACCAAGAACAAAGACGAGAAGGAUUGGCCUCGGGCAGAUAAUUUUAGGCAACAUUUGAAAAGGGUUCAUCAGAUUUGUCUCACGGCUGAGGACGACCUGAAGAGAUAUGAAGUUCACCUUUCGCAAGAGCAGGUACUUGCCGCUCCGAGUUCCGUCGCCGUUUUCGCGUCGCAGCAGAUGCAAAUCAUGUCUCAGCAAAACGGCGCCUCCCAGACUGACCAGGCGCAAAUACAAUAUCUGAGUCAUAUGGCACCUUUCACCGAAACCAGCCUCCAGGCUCCGGCGGGUUCCUCGAUCAUCCUUCAGAGUCAAACGGUCUCGGUGAGCGAGACCGCGGAUUUGCCCGCUUUGGAAAACGGCGACUGGUACACAUGGCCUGAUGCAGGCACCGCAGAGGUCAGCUCCCACGUCCUUCACUUGGUUUCCAGCCGCCGCGGCUCGCUGCGCGCACUCGAGAGGACUAGAUCUAUCUCGAUCGAUGAACCCUCGAGUGGUCAGCAGCCUGGUUUCGAAUCGGAAGUCUUGGUAGACGGACGUGAGGAGAUGCCUGCGACGGCCGCUAACAAUGAUACCAGUCCCUCGAUAACCCCGGUUGGUAUGGACCUGGGUAUCCGUCCUAUGUCGACUGGUGACGGUCACAUUCAGUCCCGUGUCAACGAAGUGGACAGCAACACUCACCGGCAUUUCGACAGUGCUGAAGUGAACAGUCGUGUGAAUAAUCACCAUGAUGGUGAGCCAGUUGAGGACGAGGAGGUGGAUGAUGUUGUGCCUGACUUGGGUCAAGACACCUCCGCGGAUGACUCUGAUGAACCUGAGACGGCGUUGGUCAGGUAUUCGUUGGACUAUUCGAUUGAGAACUCAUCCAAGCCCAACCUCUCACCACAGUUAGCUGUCUCUUUUCCCCUAACAGAUGUGAACUUCGAUGACGAUGAGAGUGCUCUUACUUUCCUUCGAGUCUUGCAAGCCAAGGGUAACCUCGACCAACUGAUGGCCGAGCUCGGGUAUCAAAAGAAGGAAGAGAAAUCUGAGCAACCAGAACCAACCGGGAAGAAGGCAGAGCCUGCACCCACCUCUGCUCCCAGGACCGGAAACAGCAAAAACCCCUGCUCCAUGUGCGACAAGAGCUUCAACCGCAGGUGCGAACUCAAGAAGCACCAAAAGCGCCACGACAAGCCCUACGCCUGCACCUUUCACAACUGCUCCAAAAACUUUGGCAGCAAAAACGACUGGAAGCGGCACGAAAACAGCCAACAUCUCCAACUCGAGAUCUGGCGCUGCGACUUGAAGCAGCAGCAGCAACAGCAGGGCGUCGUUGACGACCGCGACCGUGUCUGCGGCUGGGUCGCCCACCGUCGCGAGUCUUUCCGCACACAUUUGUCCAAGGAACAUAGCAUGGACGACACGACCAUGGAGAAAAGGGUAACCGAGUGCCACAUUGGCCGCAACUGCGAGUCGCGCUUCUGGUGCGGGUUUUGCCGCAAGACGAUCGAGUUUCAGAAGGAUAAGAAGCUGGCGUGGUCGGCGAGGUUUGAUCACAUCGAGGACCAUUUCAUUGGAAGGAAUGAGGUAAGACAGCAAAAUAUCAAAGAUUGGGAGUUCAUUGAGCCCCCUGUGGCUGGUGGUGGUGGUGGUGGUGGUGGAAAGAACGGAACUAGGACUGGAACUGGAAAAGGGGCAGCGGAGAUGGCAGGCAGGGAAGUGGUUGAUUUGACUGUUGAGCAGGCAGAGGACGAUGAUCUAGAACCUCAAAGAAGCUCUUCGAGUUCCUCUUCGUAUGUCCCAGGGCAGAGGCGGGUGCAACAAACUCUUAAGCGCCGCUUGGAUGCAGAAGACGGGACCGUAACUUUUGCUGCGCCGAGAGCAAAGAGGCACAAGUCCGGCAAUAGGCAGAGGGAGUAUCUCUGGUCUUGUUGCCAGUGUACCGGAGCAAUGUUCAAUGUCGAGACGACGCCGGCGUGUCUGGAUUGCAAUCAUGCUCAAUGCGAGCACUGCGCUGUUGAGUACCAUAGGGGCCCUCGGGAGGGACGUUAGAGGUUUUUGUCGCCAUGUGACGGCAAUGAAGCUUUUCUUUUUCGGUCACUUUAUGUUUUUCGUCUCAUUAUCUGCGGAUGGAAAUACCCGUUCGUGUUUUAGCAAUUUAGAGCGACUUUUGGGUAGAAGGGGGGAAGAUCUGUGUUAGGUUGGUUUGCUACUUGUCAAAGUUACGGAAGGUGUAUGUGUGUGUGUGUUCGUGGGGGGCAAUGGAACGAGUGGAAGGGCUGGCUUGCAACAAUGCAGGCCCCGCGUCUGUACUGUGUAUGUGGCAAGCAUGAUAUGUAUGUAUGUCAACCAUUAUAGAUCAUCGAUGGGUUGAUUUCAGGGAAAAUUACGACAAACCGCUUGUUAUUAUU